AUGACAUCUAUGGAGAACAGAUCUGAAGUGAAUGAGUUCAUCCUCGUAGGAUUAACAGAUGCCCCAGAGCUUCAGAUUCCUCUCUUCAUAAUGAUCACCCUCAUCUACCUCAUCACCCUGGUAGGGAACCUGGGGAUAAUAGCUCUAAUCUCCCUGGAUCCCUGCCUUCAUACUCCCAUGUACUUUUUCCUCAGUAACCUCUCUCUGGUGGAUUUUGGCUACUCCUCUGCUGUUACUCCAAAGGUAAUAAGUGGGCUUCUCACAGGGAACAAGGUCAUCUCCUAUAAUGGAUGUGCUACCCAGUUGUUCUUUGCUGCAGCCUUUGCUGCUACUGAAAUUUUCCUCUUAGCCUCCAUGGCCUAUGAUCGCCAUGCAGCUGUGUGUAAGCCACUACAUUAUACCACUACCAUGACUUCAGCAGUAUGUGCGUAUCUGGCCAGUGGGUCUCACAUCUGUGGUUUUCUGGCCUCUUGUAUAAUUAUAGGAAACACUUUUAGUCUUUCUUUCUGUAGGUCCAAUGUGGUUCAUCACUUUUUCUGUGAUCUUCCUGCUCUCCUCCCUCUCUCUUGCUCAGAUAUUCACAUCACCGAGUCAGUAAUCCUUAUCUUUGGACCAUUAACUGCUAUUUUCCCAUUUAUUGUCAUUUCUACCUCUUAUUUGUUAAUCUUCAUCACCAUUCUGAAAAUCCAUUCUGUUGAAGGCCGCCAGAAAGCUUUCUCCACCUGUGCUUCCCAUCUCACAGCAGUGUCCAUAUUUUAUGGGACAAUCAUCUUCAUGUACUUUCGACCCAGUUCAAGCCAUUCAAUGGAUUCAGACAAAAUGGCAUCAGUGUUCUACAGCAUGGUCAUUCCCAUGUUGAACCCUCUGGUCUAUAGCUUGAGGAACAAAGAGGUCAAGAAUGCCUUUAGGAAAGCUAUGAGGGGACGAUGGUUUAAAUUAGAACAUUCUUUUCCUUAA